AAUCAAAUCUCACAUUCAACAUUCUCCAGAAGAAGAAACUAAUCCUAACCAUUUGAUUCCGAUAUGGCUCGCACCAAGCAAACCGCAAGGAAAUCCACCGGAGGCAAAGCCCCGAGGAAGCAGCUCGCGACCAAAGCCGCGAGAAAAUCCGCUCCGGCCACCGGAGGAGUGAAGAAGCCGCACAGGUUCCGUCCCGGAACCGUCGCGCUGAGAGAGAUCAGGAAGUACCAGAAGAGCACCGAGCUUCUGAUCCGCAAGCUCCCUUUCCAGCGUCUGGUCCGCGAGAUCGCUCAGGAUUUCAAGACCGAUCUGAGGUUCCAGAGCAGCGCCGUCGCCGCGUUACAAGAGGCUGCUGAGGCUUACCUCGUCGGAUUGUUCGAAGACACGAAUCUUUGUGCGAUUCACGCUAAGAGAGUCACGAUCAUGCCCAAGGAUAUCCAGCUGGCGAGGAGGAUCCGUGGUGAAAGAGCUUGAAGACACUCUUAUGAUCUCUGUUUAGCUCGUUAAUGGUGACUUGUUAUGUGUAAUGUUUUAGCCUUUGUUAUAAUAGUCUCGAAGGUGUUCGACGAAAUGUCAAAGUUUGUUAAGUUUAAUAUAAAUCGUAUUUGCCCA